UGUGGUUUCGCGGACUAAUAAAAUGGUAUGUUUCCAGUCUCUGUUAGGAGCCCCGGAAACGCAUUUCCUGCCGUUUGGGAUGGGCAGGCCGUGUUCACUAGAUUUGUUGAAGCUGGACGUGUCGCUUACAUUAACUAUGGAAGCAACUUCGGUAAGCUCUGCACGAUUGUCGACAUUAUCGACGGAAAGAGAGUGCUGAUUGAUGGACCCACCACCGGUGUCAAGAGACAGCAGAUCUCUGUGUCUCGUCUGUACCUCACUGACUUCGUGAUUCCUCUGGAGCGCGGUGCUAAAUCCGCCGCUGUCGCCAAGGCUUACAAGGAGGCUGAGAUCGACAACAAGUGGAAGGAGACUGCCUGGGCCAAGAAGCUUGCUGCUCGUGCUGCCAAGGCUGCCAUGAACGAUUUCGAUCGUUUCAAGGCCCACUACGCCAAGAAGCAUUAAGUGUAUCUGCGGCCAUGCAAACGAAUGU